UCAACAACCUCAGCAAUUUCAGCUUAGCUAUAUUCUCACAACCUUUGCAAAUUUUUCAUCAAGAUUUCCUCAUCAUAAAUAUAUAUAUACAUAUAUUUAUAGAGAGAGAGAGAGAGGAGAGAGAGAGGAGAGAGAGAGAGUUUUCUUGCCACUACUUUUACUAUAACUAACAUUUGCGGCUGCAAGAAAAUGGAAAAUGCAAAUGCAAACAGCAGCUUUUGUGUGAGGAGCAGCAGUGAUGACCCCUUGAACUGGAAGUUGGCGGCGGAGUCGCUGACGGGCAGCCACCUUGACGAGGUGAAGAAGAUGGUGGCGGAGUACCGGAAGCCAGUGGUCCGGCUAGGCGGGGAGACGCUGGCGAUAGGGCAGGGGGGGGGGGGGGGCCGCGGCGGUGGCCACACGGAUGCGGAGGAGGUGACGGUGGAGCUGGCGGAGACGGCGAGGGAGGGGGUGAAGGCGAGCAGUGAGUGGGUGAUGGAGAGCAUGAACAAAGGGACGGACAGUUAUGGUGUGACGACGGGUUUUGGUGCAACUUCACAUAGGAGGACCAAACAAGGUGGCGCUUUACAAAAGGAGCUUAUCAGGUUUCUAAAUGCUGGAAUAUUUGGCAAUGGCACUGAAUCAAGCCACACACUGCCUCACUCGGCCACAAGGGCCUCAAUGCUUGUAAGAAUCAACACAUUGCUUCAAGGCUACUCCGGCAUAAGGUUUGAAGUCUUGGAGGCCAUCACUAAACUCCUCAACCACAACAUCACCCCAUGCCUCCCCCUACGCGGCACCAUCACUGCUUCCGGCGACCUUGUCCCGUUGUCGUACAUUGCCGGCCUUCUAUUGGGCCGACCCAACUCCAAGGCUAUUGGGCCUAACGGGGAAGUCCUGGACCCUGCUCAGGCGUUUACCCUAGCCGGGAUUGACACGGGAUUCUUUGAGCUCCAACCCAAAGAAGGCCUUGCACUAGUAAACGGCACGGCCGUGGGCUCAGGCCUGGCCUCUAUAGUCCUCUUUGAAGCCAACGUUCUUGUUGUACUGUCAGAAGUUAUAUCUGCGAUUUUUGCUGAGGUCAUGCAAGGCAAGCCCGAAUUCACAGACCACUUGACUCAUAAGUUGAAGCAUCAUCCAGGCCAGAUUGAGGCUGCCGCUAUCAUGGAGCACAUACUUGAUGGAAGCUCAUACAUCAAAGAAGCACAAAAGACACAUGAAAUGGACCCCCUGCAGAAGCCUAAACAGGACCGCUACGCACUCCGCACCUCGCCCCAAUGGCUUGGUCCGCAGAUUGAAGUAAUUCGGGUUGCAACAAAAUCUAUCGAAAGAGAGAUCAAUUCUGUCAAUGACAAUCCAUUGAUUGAUGUAUCAAGAAAUAAGGCAUUGCAUGGGGGGAAUUUCCAGGGGACGCCUAUCGGCGUGUCGAUGGACAACGCUCGUCUAGCAAUUGCUUCUAUUGGGAAACUCAUGUUUGCACAAUUCUCUGAGCUUUUAAAUGACUUCUACAACAAUGGCUUGCCAUCAAAUCUAUCUGGGGGACGUAAUCCAAGCCUGGAUUACGGAUUCAAGGGGGCCGAAAUAGCAAUGGCAGCUUAUUGCUCCGAGCUACAAUUUCUAGCCAAUCCAGUCACAAACCAUGUCCAAAGCGCUGAGCAGCACAACCAAGAUGUGAACUCAUUGGGGCUGAUUUCUUCAAGGAAAACAGCAGAGGCAGUCGACGUUCUGAAGCUCAUGGCCUCGACAUUCUUGGUUGCUUUAUGCCAAGCCAUCGAUCUAAGACACCUGGAGGAAAAUCUCAAGGCAACGGUGAAGAACACCGUCAGCCAAGUGGCUAGAAAGGUCUUAACCAUCGGCUCGACUGGUGAGCUCCAUCCAUCCAGGUUUUGUGAGAGGGACCUGCUGAGAGCUGUAGACAGAGAGCACGUUUUUGCCUACAUCGACGAUCCAUGCAGCGCUAACUACCCGUUAAUGCAAAAACUACGACAAGUGCUAGUCGAUCACGCAUUGAUAAGCAAUGAGGGGGAGAAGAGCCUUAGCACCUCGAUUUUCCACAAGAUUGGCGCAUUUGAGGAAGAAUUGAAGGCCCUUUUGCCUAAAGAAGUCGAGAGUGCUCGAGUUGAGCUGGAAAGCGGGAGACCGGCUAUAGCCAACAGGAUCAAGAACUGCAGGUCUUAUCCAUUGUACAAGUUUGUGAGGGAGGAGCUAGGGACUGGUUUUCUAACAGGCGAAAAGGCUCGUUCGCCCGGGGAGGAGUUCGACAAGGUGUUCACAGCCAUAUGUGAGGGGAAACUGAUUGAUCCAUUGCUGGAGUGCUUGAAGGUAUGGGAUGGCGCUCCCCUUCCAAUCAGCUGAUCAUGACAUGGUUCUGGUCUGCAUAGACCACCUCAUAGUAUAUAUAUUACAUGCAUAUUUAUUGUCCUUAAUUGAUUUGAAGUCUUCACAAAUCAAUGUCCGUAUAUGGACAAAAAAAGUGCUCAAACUUGUUAAUGAUACAUGUAUUUUUGUAAUUUGUGAUGUCAAACUGCAACCACAAGUCAUUUGAUUCGGAAUGGUAUCCUUUUUAACCAACA